UGGCGCCCCCUGGCGGGGAACGCGUGCAAAAAGUCCAGCUCUUAGGCAUGUCCCAGUCUGCUGGUGCGUCGUGUGCGCUUUUCGCUGUUUAGAUGUUAUAAUGUAGCAAACUUUACUUUGGCUGAUAUUCUUUUUACUAGAUUUACUCUUCAAAGCAUCAAAAGUGGUGUAAUUCUUAUCGACCCUGCGAGAAUUGUGAAGAUGGAGGCGCACGAAUUGGUUUCUGCUGAACGACCCAAAAAGGGCAUCUGGUACGUGGUGGGCAGCGUGCCGCUGCUGACGGAGGUGCUGAUGCCCGUGCUGGAGCGGCUGCAGCGCGGCGCGCUGGCGCUGCUGCUGCUGCUCAGCGUGCUGCUGGUGGCGGCCGCGUUCGUCUGCGCCUGCCUGCUCGUUCCCCGCCAGCAGGCGAUGAUGAUCGGCACCCGUCACUGCAUCGAGUACAACUACGGCGACCUGCCGGGCCUGGACCUGCCGGAGCGCGGCGACAACUCGUGGUUCCAGUCCUGGAGGAUCGACGAGGACGACUUUGUGUGCACGCGCGUCGAGCCGCACGCCGAGGAGGAGCACAACCGGGAGCUGUUCCGGCGCUUCUUCAUCGACGGGAAGCUGCACACCUCCUUCCAGAUGCCGCUGAGGAAAGAGCGGGUCCUGAACCCGUUCAAGCGAUACAACCGCUUCCUGAAGGGCUAUAUCAGCAUUGACCUGGACAUAUCCAGUAACGGCACUGAGACGGCGCGGGACGCCUCGGUGCGUCUGCGGCUGGGCGGCAGGGACGGCGGCGGCCGGCAGCGCGACUGGCAGCAGCUGGGCCGCGCUCAGGUGCCGCUCGAACUGGACAGCUGCCAGCGCAGGACCGAACAGGCGGCUGACGGCACGGAGACGGAGCGGUGUGUGGUGAAUCAGCAGCUGUUCGAGGUGGCCUCGCUGGAUCGCGAGUACUACCUGCUGAACGCGGGCGUGCAGAACAUGACGCAGCCGCCGCUCUCCAUGAAUCUCCUGGUGGUGUUCCAGACGCGGGUGUACACGCUGGUGUGCCUGCACCUGGGCGCCUGCUUCACGGCCGCGCUGGCGCUCCUGCUGGUCCUGUUCGUGCUGCGCGUGCGGCGGCUGUACCCGGUCGUGCCGACCGGUCACACGCUGCUGGUCCUGCUGGCCGCCGCCCUGAUCGUCUGGGACGUCCCUCUGGGGUACAUCGCGCUGGACUACGACGCGCCGUGGCUGGGGAUCGUGGACGCCGUCCGGCAGGACCUCUUCUACCUGGUCUUCCUCUGCUUCUGCCUCGUCUUCGUCCGGGAGCAGGCCUUCGUCAAGGGUGUGCAGCGCGCGCCGCGCCGGCUGCUGCCGCCGCUGGCGCCCGUGGCGGCCGGCGCGCUGCUGCUGCUGGCGCUGGACGUGACGCAGCAGGCGCUGCUGGCGGCCGACCCGUUCGCCGGCCGGCCGCACUGGCUGUGUCUCUGCCUGGCCGUGCUGCUCGUGCUGAAUGCGCUCUACGUGCUGGCCGUGUGCGCGCUGGCGGCCGGCGGUUGGCGGCGCGGCUGGGACCGCAAACCGGUGCCCGGCCGCUACCGGGCCCUCAUGGCCAUCACCUGCCUGACAGUGGCGGCCGCCUGCGUGGAGCACGCCGAGCGCAGGGAGUCUGAUAACUGGUGGUUCUGGAGCUGGACGGACGAGCGGCCCACCGACGGCCACCUGCUCUACAUCGGCAUGCUGGUGUGGUACAACGUGCUGGUGGCCGGCCUGCUGGUGCUCUACCUGCCCACCCGGCCGCUGGUCGAGCUCACCGGGCCCGUCUACGACGACGAGCAGAAGGUGCCGCUGAACGGUGGUGACGAGCCGGAGCCCAUCAGGCGGGAGGCGGCGCCGGCCGAGCCGUGAGCCGAGGCCGAGCCUGGCUACCAGACGCCGCCUCUGCGAGCUUCCCGGCGCGCGCACGAUCUGAUCUCCCUUCGGUAAAUCGGUGGCCGGUCCAAGACAGGCAGAGCCGGCGGCCUUUAUGAACAAACGCGCAACGAAAGCGUCAGAUCUGGUGGAGUUCUUUUACAGAUCUGACGAAGAAAUCUCAGAUUUAUAUUGUGAACGAAUCGAAGUACGUUUUCUGGGAGGGAUUUCUCAUAUAUGAGAUCUUCGGGAGAUUAAAGAGGCCUUUCUAUAUGUUGAUCGAUUCCUAUGGCCAAAGUCGAUCUCGGAAAGUGAGUUUUCGAAGGUAACUGGUGUGAUUUAAAAAGACUGGGAUUGACCGGCGUCGGGAACUCAACAAAACGCCUGUUAUUCGCCAUGUCACUGCCGUACGUAAAUCCGUCGAGCCAGCGUUGGCUGCGUUUCGCGCGCGUUUGGUUUUAACCAGUCUGAGGCGGCCGCGCCCGGUGCCGGUCCGAGCGCUGUCGGAGGUCCAGCCUCUGUGUGUGUCUGUGUGUGUGUGCGGGUCCGGUGUGAGAGCGUGUGACGUGAGUCCACCAGAGUGGUGACGCUGGAGCGACAGAGCCACCUAGUGGCUGACGAGACGCGGUGGGCCAGUCCCUCUGCUCGAGCUGACGACGUGUGACGGGGCGCGGCGGCGGCUACCGGCAGCCGCAGUCACUGACGCGGCAGAGGCUGCCGGUAGCCGUCCCCGGACCGAUGGCUUGUCGUACUGUGCCUGGUCCGCGCAUGAGAGCUUCUUUUCGUGACGUGCGUUCAUAUGAGUGUGGGCCGGGCUGCGGCCCAGUAUAAUACUCCCCCUCCCUGGAACCUGUGCCGCGGGGCGACCCUCUGUCCUUGGUUCGUCUAUCUCCCCGCCGGCCACAUUUCUGCGCUGUGCGCUCCCACUGAUCCACUAUCGGCUGCUCCUGGACAGGCUGCUACGGACCUCCAGCCCUGUGUACUCUGUACCCACCCUCAGUGGUUUCCUCGCCACCGGCACCCCCUAUCUGUAUCUGUUCGUCCAGCGGUGACUAGUACCGUGAUGCCUUCGACUAACUAGUCCCUUGACUAGUUUCUUUUUGCACGGUUUUUAUGAUAUGGUGUGAAGUGUCGCACGGCACCGAUGGAGUGUUGAUCUCCCGCGGGAGUAUACAUACUCCGACCCCGUGGAGACCGAGUCUCCGACCCCCCUGGAGUGCCCCCCCCCCCCCACACACACACACACUGGGAGUAUACUCCCACCCCGCGGAGACGAGUUUCCGACUCCCUUUGAGUGCCCUCUCCCUCCCCCUCCCCGGGAGUAUACUCUUACCCCACGGAGAGACGAGUCUCUGACCCCCCUGGAGUGUCCCCCCCCCCCACUGGGAGUAUACUCCUACCCCGCGGAGAGACGAGUCUCUGACCCCCUGGAGUCCCCCCACACUGUGAGUUUACUCCUACCCUGCGGAGACGAGUCUCUGACCCCCUGGAGUGCCUCCCCCCACUCGGAGUAUACUCCCACCCCACGGAGAGACGAGUCUCCGACCCCCUUUGAGUGCCCCCCCCCCCCCCCACACACACACACUGGGAGUAUACUCCCACCCCGCGGAGAGACGAGUCUCCGAACCCACGUUAGAGCUUCUCAAGUCGCCGUCGACUGCCUUUGGGCUUUUGUUUGUAACGCAUGUGCUUUCACCCACGGGCUAGAGUUGUGUAGUGGACCGGGCGUAGCGGGCUGUAGGCUGGUGCUGGCGGGCGGGCGGGAGUGCUUCAACCUAGUACCUGGAUGUACCUGCUUCACCAAAUCACCGGCGGUGGUGGCUCACCGCUUUGCUAAUGUUUUUUUUUUUUUACGCAAUGUGCCGGCAGACUAUGCGCGCCUUGAGUCGCUUUUGUUGCCAUGCCGUGUGUGUAUUAAUGAGCCAUUGUAACCACUUUUUGCCCAGGUCGGCAAUCGUGGAGGGAGUGUUUUCCUGCAUUAACAGAGACAAUAUUACGAGGAGACCGUUUUC